AUGAAAAUUGAGGAUUUAAAAUGCAAACAAGAAAGGAUUCCCCUAUUUAAAGAAGGGUAUGCGGGUGCAAAGGGAAAGACACGAUGCCCUGAUGUCUGGCGUUUCCUCAGCAGUUCGGUGAUCUGGAGAGAAAACGCUCGGCGCCAAGACUUGGGUGGUGGACUUAGUCAGCAUAAAAUACCAAGGUCGUAUUUCCCCCUAUGGCAAAACGAUAAGAUGGAUACUUUCAAGGCAACGAACGAGAGUGCAGUUCUCAAGGGGGAUAGGAACGGGAAGGGGGGUAGUGGAGUUCCUCAAAAGAUAUUGCAACUCAAUAUCCAGGUCUCAUACUCAUCAUUUGGUCCGCUACUCGACAUCAAGCCCGAUACGAUCCCCCAAUAUCAUGCGAAGUACUCAAGGAUCGAGGGCGCGCAUCGUUUAAAAGGCCAUGCCUUUGUUGGCUGCCUUCUUGCCAGGACAAGUAGCCAACCAUUUCAAUGUUAUCGAAGGUCGCAGUCCUCCUCCGCGAAACCAAUGGAACUUUCAUAA